AUGUCCGCAGAAUUUGUGAUGACCUGGCAAGAUCAGCUUUUACAUUGGGAUGUAGAAGAUUUCAAUACGACAAUGAUUUCCAUUCGUGCAUCGCAAAUUUGGAGGCCGGAUAUCGUUGUCAGUUCAGCAAUUUGCACAACUUAUACGAUUGAUCCAGAGGAGCAGUUAAUCACUUUAUUCAACGACGGGACAGUGCGUUAUAGUAUGUAUGGGCAAUUUGUGAAUAUUUGCGAUAUGCGGGUGAAUCGCUUCCCAUACGACACGCAGAUCUGCCAGGUAAAUAUUGGACCCUGGACGUACCGGCGUGAGCAGGUGCAUAUCAUCGCCCUGCCCGUGCACUCCUCUAACUCUGGGGAUUACUCGGGCAACAGUGAAUGGGAAUUAACAAAUACAACGGUCGGUGUCCACAACACUGAAGAUACCGACAUCAAUUUUGUAUAUGAAGAAGCGGAAUUUCGGGUCUACCUAAAAAGAAGACCUCAAUUCUACGUCUUCGUACUUCUCGUCCCAACUUUAGUGAUUACGGUAGUCGCGCUCUUCGGCCUUUUCGUACCGACGAAUACAAUUGGGGAGCGAGAAGAACGGGUUAACCUUGGGGUGAUGACACUGUUGUCACAUUCUGUCAUUCUGCAGAUUGUGGGGGAUGCUAUGCCGAAAACUACUGGGUUGCCAGUCCUUGGCAACUUCAUCUUGGCCGAGAUUUUUGUAACAGCUAUUGGGGUCCUCUUUUCGGUGAUCGUUCUGUCGCUUCAUUAUAGAGCUUUGACACGAAAAUGGGAUGUUCCUCGGUGGGCCAAAUGGGUUCUACAUUUCCCAAAAAUCAAAAAGAUUAAGCGUGUUCGACGACGAAAAAGUGAAGGGUUUGGGGAAGACACCAGUGGUUUUCUGGCGGAUCUUUCACAGCUUCUAUGUCUCUCUGAUGUAUAUAUGGUGGAUGAAGAAGCUGAUCGAGUCCGAGAAAUGCGCUGGACAAGCUUUUUCGAUCGUGUCGACAUGUGCCUGCUUGUCGUCUUCCAGAUUACAAACAUCUUUGUUACCGCCUUCAUCCUU